AUGGAAAUCUACACCACCUCUUUUACUUAUCCUCGUCGUCUGCGACACGCUCAUUCCCCCACCAACUCUCUUGACUUUCCUCCCCGCUCGGAGCUCCGCCGUGCGAGCUCGUACUCCCAGAUCCAGCAGCCCACCCAGAAUGGCCUAGGAGACCCGCAGGGAACGGCGUCGCCCACCGACUACGAUGCGCUCCAAAAGCUCGCCAUGAUGGCCAUGAGCAUCCAUGCCGUGCACGUCUCUUUCACCCCCGCCGACCAGGGCAGGGCCUGGAACUUCCAGAUUUCAGGCGCGUACCCGCAGGUCAUGCUGGCGAAGGGAAUGGUCUUGAAGGGCUGCCCGGUGCAGAACCGUGCGUCCAUCAAGGUGGCGCGUUCGGAAAUCCUCGACUCGCCCGCGUCCAAGCCGUCGCUGAAGACGGAAGUUAGGCGUCGCCUCGACGACAUUGCCUCGCAGACAUUUGCGCAUAUCGCCGUCGUCAACAGCCCAAUGGCGCUCUCUAACCGCACGCUCCCGGACGGGAUUACGAGUAGCGCUGGGUGGUCCGGUCUCGAGUCGGAGCGGGUGUGCGAACUUGUCAUUACAGGGCAGGGAGAUUCUGUGGACCUCGCACGUGUGCGCCUGCUCGUGAUGCUCGACCAGCUGAGCGGUCUUCACGCGGAGUCGUGCGAGAUUGACAAUACCUUGCAUUCUAUCAUCGCUGGUAGGAAGCGGAGUGUCCUACAGACCAUUCAAGAGGAGACCGCAACGAAUAUCUAUUUGCCGUCUCCGCUACAGGGCAUUCUGGGCCCCGACUUCAGCCAGUCGCCCUCGAAUGGUUCCCCUACCGGCCAAACGAGCAAGGCGAACAUGAACACGAUUUGGAUUACCGGCGAGUUCUUUGGGGUGCAACGUGCACGCGACAUGCUGUUCCAGAUGCACCUCAACAAGGGAAAGCAGCUCAUCUCACGGGAUAGCGCCGUCCUUCCGCGCAAGAUGGACUGGAUGGUGACAGAGCGGGCCGAGGAUCUGAAGGCGCUGAUGCACGACAACGCGACGUUUAUUCAGUUCCCCCCUAUCGGCAGCUCUACCAGCGUAAUCACAGUUAUUGGUGACCACCGGGUUAACGUUCAACGGACCAUCAGGUCUAUCAUGCAACUGGCUUGUCAAUUCUACGUCGCCUCUUUGUGGCUACUGCCCGCACAGUUCAACGUGCUUAUGCCUUCGACGAGCCUGAACCCUUCGCAAGUUUCAGUCAUCCUCAAACAGGUCUCUUACGCGUCGGGGGCGGAGGUCGUCUUCAAGGGCAUGUGCUUCGAGAUGCACGGCCUAGAGCAGGAAGUCCGCGCUGCAGUUUCUAUGCUUCUCGAGCUGGACAUCGUGAAGACUUUUCAUCAUGAGAUACGCUUCCAGAUCGAGUUGGCCAACGAGCACCGCGAAUUCAUCAGCGGUAAGAAGAAUGGCAAGAUCAACAAGAUUAUGCAGACCACGGGCGUGAAGAUCAAGUUCGAGACGUUCAACGAGCACAAUUUCCUCAUUGACAUCGCCGGCAGCGAUGGUUCAGUCCUUCAGGGCCUUACUCUCUUACAGGAGGAGCUUCCCGCGGAGAUCUCGUUCCACGUCCCGGAGUCGUACCACAAGCGCAUCAUUGGCGUCGGCGGCCGCAGCAUCCAGCGGAUCAUGAAGAAAUACGGUGUCUACGUGAAGUUCUCCAAUGCGGAGGAGUUCGCGGCGAUGGGCGGGUAUAACGACAACGAGGACAACGUUGUCGCGCGUACGCCGGCAAAGAACGCGAUGAACCUCGACAACCUGAAGCAGGCGGUUAUGGAGCUUGUGAACCCUAAGGACAAGGACUAUAUCAACGAGACCGUGUCCAUUCCGAGACGUUACCACCGUACGCUGCUCGGGGAGAAGAGCAUCUUUAUACAUGACAUCGAGGCGAAGACGAACUGCGCUGUUCGGUUCCCGGACAAGGAGACGGCUUCGGACCUGGUCACCAUCUUCGGCCCCGAGAGCCAAGUGCAGAUCGCCGCCACCAUGCUCUUCGACCAUGUUCCGUUCGAAGCGGACAUGGCCGUCCCGCCGCACCCGGACCUCGCACGCAUCUGCCAGUCGCCGGAUUUUGUGAACUUCACCGAGCGCGUCAAGCGCGAGCUCCAGGUCGUGAUUGCGCCGAACGUCAAGGGUGGCACGGCGAACGGGUCCAUGCAAGAGCCGCCUUUGGAGUGCUCCUUCAAGUUCCGCUGCCAGCGCAGCAACAGCGACUUCCUUGCGACGGCGCGCGAAAUGCUCGAGCAGUUCCUCAUCGAGCACAACGUGCACGUGUACCCGUCCGCGACGUCGCGCACGCACCAGCGCGGUGAUUCGUUCACGGACGCGUUCCCGCACUUUGACAGCAAGGUGCUGUCCACCGCGAGGACCCGUCACCAAAACUCGGCCGACCUGGGUCGUCCGUCAGAGUCGAUGAUCGACCGGAGGCUGCGCCUUGCGAGCUCCUCGCCCGAUGUCAAGGCUCUGUUCAACAACUCGCCGUCGUACAUCUACCACCUCGAAGAAGAGGACGAUUACGAUGUCCCGUCGAACUACGUCGGUUCGUCGAGCAACGACUACUGGCCACCCAUGGCGCCUAUCGGCACCGGCAUGCAUCACCGCACGCUUACCGCCGAGGACGCAAUCAAGCGUGGCUCAGAUUCGCUGCUGGACUCCAAGAUGAAGGACCAGCUCACGAAGCCCCGCUCGUUGACGAACCGUGCGCAGUCUCUCGACUUGACGUUCUCGCUGUCGCGGAUCAGUGAAGCCCCCCGGUCCGGCCUGUCACGCCCCGACUCGCCCGAGACAUCGCUGGGUGGCACCGGCACGAAUGGGACCUCGAGCCCGUCAUCCGCGACGGCACCGUUGUUCCCGAGUGUGUACGGACCUCCCGCCGGCGCUCGCGGCACAGUGGUCGGUGGCCAAGGGCCUCCGCUCGGGCCUGGCAUCCACGCCAUGAACCGCUCAGGCUUGGGUCUUGACGAGGACCCCGUAGACGAGGUGUCCCGCGUCAUCUCCAACCUCGGUCUGUGAGGCAGCAGCUUCUGCCUCGGGCCAGGUGCUCUUACGAAGACGCGCGCGCGCUAUAGAAAGAGGCUCCUCUGGACGGUCGUCUCAAAAGCGCUUCCCAGCCACGGACUCCAAUCCACCGCGCGAUGCUGGGUGUACAUAUGUUAACGCUACCGUUCUCCCCGCGCCUCCCUGUCAAUUCGACGACUUCGCCAGAGCUCUUGCGCGUCUCCUUACGUUAUUUGCUUCUAGACCUCGAACGUGCUCGUCCGCUCUCUCCGCUCGCUCUUCUCCCUUCCCCUCCCUGACCUCCCAUCUAUCCCAAGAUCUCUCCCCAUCUCUCAUUUUCUCCCAUAUCUCUCUCUCACAUCGCCUCUGUCGUUCUCCGCUCGCUGCUGUGCCAGUCUGUCACUUCCUAUCUUCGCCUCCCUUCCGCCCGCCUCGACUUGCGUACCGCCCGCCGAACGCACCACGCACCCUCCCGUACUACAUAACUCCCUCUGCGCGCGCCUGCUCCAGACUUUGUGUACCAUAGCGGCAGCAGCUAAAAGAUGUGUCGAUACUAUCCUAUCCUCUCC